CGGUCGGUUGCAUGUUGCGGGCGUCUCUGAAAAUGUGCGCCGACUUCUUUCUGCACUUCGAAUCCAGUUUCCAGGUGCAAUCGAAUUCAUCAUGAGUUUCGGCACUGAAUACGCCAUCCAUGUGCUCAUCUAUAUGGCGCUAGUUAUCUUAUUUUUCUGCUUUCUGCCGGUCAUUUGUUUUUAUGUGCGCAUCGAGAGCCGAACGCUAGCAAAACUGUGUCCAUCGCGCUGCCACCGGCAACACAAUCGAUAUCGAUACCAACAUCGUCAUCGAAAUCGUAAUUCAAAUGACCGUCAGAACAAUAUUGAGCUGGGGCGACAGAAUAACCGAUAUGGGGAUAUAUUCUUUAUUGAACCAAACAGCCAGGAAGCUGCACGAAUCCGCGAGCAGUUGGAGAAGGAUGAGAAGGAUCUGCCCAGUUAUGAUGAAGUUAUGCGCAUGUGCAAUCUAACAACGCCGACAGCGGCUGCUGCUGCUUCUCCUUCCGUACCAACGUCACCAGUUGUGGAAACGGGACCCAUUGGCAUUGUCGCUUUGCCUGCACCCCCGUACUCCGAGACUGAUCCGAAUCCAAGCAGCAUUGUUGUAAGUCCCAGUGCCUUGGAAUCGGCGCCAUCCACGUCGCGAGCUGCACAAAUUCCAGCGUAGCAUUAGCAAAAGUGAUCCCAAAUGCAUACAGUGUGAAUCUGUUACUGCAGCAUUCCCCGUGCCACUCUGUGGUCCACACAGAUGUAGAUUUGUGUGUGCCACAUAUUGAGAUAUGAAAAAUGUGUGAUUUUACAAAGUAUAGCUAGGAAUUAACUUUAGACAUUCAUAAUUGUAAAUAUUUAUAAAUUUAAGCUGCAAUAAAAAGUAUAAUAUAGGUAAAAAACGAUAGAAAAAAACACUAC